AUAAAUUAAGCCGGCACCGGUCAAAAACGGGAGUCGGUAGUCACCAACUUGUCAGAGCGAGAACGAAUAUCCGGCGUCAUGGCGAAUGGACGUGUGGAAAUCCACGACCCCAUGUCCAACGACCACAGCCGCACGGAGGUCCCAGCCUCCGACCCGGGCGCGGAGAGCCUGGAGGACACGGAGGAGUUCAGGAUCCUGAUGGCCUACGCGACCAGGAGGAGGGGGGACGGAGCACCGGUCAUCCCGGUGGCGCUGACCGCCCCGGACACGCCCGUUAAGGCCGAGAAAGAGGAGCCGAAGCACGAGAACGAGGCGAGCAGAAAGAAGGGGGAGAAGAAGAUAAAGAAGAAGAAGAAGAAGGGAUGGAAACGCCUUCCGCUGAUCUUUCGAUGCGUAAAACCCUCCGAGGACGCAGAGGAGCCGCCAAGUCCAGAGGAUGACCACCCGCCAACGAAUGGAAUCAGCGACAGAGUUUUUAUAGGAGCACAUGAUGUGCAGGAAGAAGAGGAUGAUAAGUUUGCUGGGGUGGCGAAAGAGCUGAUGAAGCUCGCCGAUAAAAUCCCGCUCCAUCCUUCGGAUAUUGAGACGGACUCGGAUGAUGAUGUGGAGAAGAUCAUAGGUCUGCUGUUGAGGGAGACUGGAGACAAACUGAACGAAAAGUUGAAAGACGCUAACGUAGGACGGCUUUUCCAAAACUACGACUUCUUCAGGACGCUCAUGGACGCCUUCUUCUCGACGAUCGGCUUCAGGAACCCCAACCCCGACGCUCUGGGACCGCAGGCAUCGCCCAAAACACAGCUCGCCAUCACCUGUGAGGUCACCAGUCGUCUGUCAGCAGCAAACACUCUCCCCACGAGCAGCCUGUUUCGCCACGGAGCCCGAUAUAUGCAGCAGUAUUACUCGGGCUGGGCGCAGCAGGAGGGCGGAUACGAAGCUGCCAUCGAAAGCGACGAAGAGGAGGUUGAGUGAUUUCGGUAAUGGGAUGUGGUUCAGGGGGUCCACAGUAUCUCAUCUCAAACCCGCUCCCUCUGAGCCAGCCGUCAGGAUGCCCCGCUGUGACCUGUGAACCUUGGUACUUCUAAGUGCGAUGGUCUUAAACUGAUUUUAAUUGGUUAAAAGAAAAUCUGCUUUUUUUUUUUUCUUAAACAGUUAAAUAAUGUGAUUUAUUUUCUUCUCUUCCAAUAAAUGAAUCCUUUAGAUACUUGUUAGUUUCACAGGGACCAUGAACCAAAGACAAGAACAUUUAUGGACCAUUAUAAAUUUAUGGACCAUUGAUUAUUAUUAUUUUUUUUUUGUUAUAUAUUUUUUUGUUUCAUAGGUGGGUUGACAAUGAAAUGUACUUUUGAGCACUUGCACUUUUACUGAAAAAGAGAAAUGGAGACCUAUGAUGUGUUUUUGUGUAACGUGUUUUUCUUGCUAAGUUAAGUCUUACAAAUACUUGAGUGAAAGUCUGCAGUGUUAAUUCUAAAGUAGCCGAUAUGAUUUCUAAAUCCCAUGCAUGAUAUUUGCGCAAUGUCAAGUUGAACCAAAAACUUGAUUGCUCUCCAAACUUCUGUUUUUUAUUUUAAAAAAAAGGGAAGAAGUUGUGUGUGUUUAUGAUGGGCAAAUAAAAAACAAAAGACACC